AUGCUUUCUACACGAACGAUCUCUCAAGUAGAGGUAGAAAUUCAAGAUCUACUUAAAACGUAUUCUCAGGAACUAGAAAAAGUUGUGACAAAAACAUAUGAUCCUUAUUCGUAUUUCAAGGCACCAGAUGAACAUCCUCACAAAAACAUAAUUGAUGAAAGAAAAAUUCCGAUGCUUAAUGAUAGUCCUAAUUUGCUUCUAUACAAUCUCCCUGGACGGAAUGAAGAAUUCCUUACUAGUUAUGAAGAUUUCUUGCGCAUUGAACAUAAUGCUAUAUCUAAUAGUAUGAUAAUUAUUAUGGGAACCUCUGGCUGUGGCAAAACUCGCCUAUGUUUGAAACUUUUAUGUCGCAACUAUGGCCUAUACUUUGUUACUGAAUCAUGGAAUCUUGGAUCUGACAACUUAAAACUUGCAACAGAGUGGACGAAGGAAAAAAUCAAUGUAAAACCUGAACCUGAACCUGACGAAGCAAAAAAUAUUGCAGAGUGUGGAAUAUGGAGUUGUAUCACAGGAAGAUUAUUUUUGCUUAACUAUCUUUUUUGUAUGGCUAAGGAACAUAACUGUACAAUGGAACCCAAAUCUUGGUUAAUCUUCCAGCUUAGUAAUCAACUUAUCAGUAAACUAUCUAUAAGGUUUCGAGAAUCUUGUGAUAUGAUACAUCUUAAAGAAUAUUGUCUUAAUAUUAUGGCAGAUAUUAAUAGAAAACUAAAGAGCAACAUCUUUCCAAUAAUUUAUGACGAGGCCCAAAUUCACACCUCAUGCUUAACAAAUAAAUUUCCAUCUUAUAAUAACAAAAGUAUAAUGAGACCAUUUUUUACUGUAGCUGUUAAGACUAUGUCAACUUUACGUCAGGUAUGUGCGGAAGUAGUCAUUUGUAUAACUGGAUCUGAUUUAUCACUAUUGGAAGCAAAAGAUCUAGCAUCAUCUAAUGUGGCAAAGGAAGGAUCCCUAUAA